ACAAUAAACCGUCACAUGUCAUAUGUAAGGAAAACCCUUUAAAACUGUAAAGAGAAAAACAAAGUAAAUGAAAUUCGUACCUAUCACAACAUAUAAGGAUGUACUGUUGCUUCGAUGCACGAAACGAUUCCCAGGAAGUGUGUGAGACAGUAAAUUUAACAUGAUAUUGGAAAGAAUAACCAACAAACUGUGAAUGAAAUAUAGAUAUUCCUUGUGGAAAACACUGACACCAUUUUAUCUUGAAGUUUGUCUAUGAACACACAAAUGGAAAAUGCUACAUACACUAUUCACGAAUCGGGGAUUCCAACAUACGUGUUUUUCGCCUUUGGAUUUGUGGGCAAUGGGCUAGCUCUUGUUGUUAUUUGUUGCAACCGGGAACAUCACCAAUGGCGAUCCUUCUACAUUUUCUUCGUAGGUCUAGCAAUGUCUGACUUUCUGAAUCAGGUGAUAGUAUUCCCAUUCGAAGUCUUACGGUAUGGAUCUAAUUUCAAUUACACUAUUCCCCCACAUCUUUGCAAGGUUGAGUCAUUUAUCUACUCUUUCACCCAAAUUUCCUCAGGCAUGAUCAUUUCCGGUAUAGGCACGGACCGAUACAUUUUUUUAAGUAACCAUGGACAACCACACGACACGAUGCUGUGGAAUCGCCGAAAAUAUCUUGUUUGUCUGCUGGUGAUAUGGAUUUUUUCGGCCCUUGUGUCAUCACUUCAUUUGUUUGUAGGGAAUAGCGCGAUCUUUUAUCCCGGGUCCUGGUGCUUUAUUGACGUGAUGGACAAGGGUAUUGGAUCUGUAUUUAGUGCCACAGUGUACGCUUUAACAGGGAUUGUGGUCCUUGUGUAUACUGUGUACAUUUAUAUCUGCGUCAUGUGCAUGUCGUGUAGAGACCCUGAACAACGCGGUAGACUUCUGGACGCAGACCGUGUAACUGGCUUUUACGACGUUCAUGUCAAUGUGUUCUUGGCGACUUCAGUGACGCUUUAUGUCGUCUGUUGGGGACCAUUUUUGAUGGACAUAUUUUUACGAGGGAUCAAAGUAAUACCUGGUUGUCCAGGUAAACUUGAACUUUGGCUUGUUCGACUGAUAGACCUGAAGUCCAAUGUGAACCCCUGGCUUUAUGUAUUACUACGCAAGGAGUAUAUAAGAAGGAUCUUUGUUCGAUUUCAGUCAUGCCAUGAGGGGAAUAUUCAAACAGCGCCCCCUGAUGGAGAAAGCAAGAGGCUCCUACAGGAGAGUCAAAUAACUUUCUCAAAUCCUUCAAGUCAGUGUUCUAACUAGAUAUGCAAAACUGACUGAUCUUUACUAACUAUUUUCAUUAUUUAUUAUUUUUUAAUUUUUUUAAGCAAGAUUAUUAAGAAAUCAUCAGAUGAGGUAUCAGGGUUGAAAAUCCCACUGAUUCCUCUUAUAAAAUUGUGCUCAAGCAUUAAAUUAUUAGUACUUCCCAGAAAAGCCUAAUCUAAAUAAAAUUAUUUGAAAUGCAAAUUUGGAGAAGGGGGAAUCUUUUACAAUAAUGGACUUUUAAACUUUGCAGUAUCAUAUAAAAGACUGGAACACUAUCUCAAGCGAGAGUUACCGCGGGUUACUUCUUUUAGAUUUCGAUGAUGAAUCUAGAAAUCAGCAUUAUACAUCAAUCUAUUCAUCAAACGAGUUCAAAAUUUAGUCAAAUAACGAAAUAGGAAAAAUUUUGUCUCAACAGCUGAACAUCAAGUUACUUUUAUAAUGUACAUGUACAUACUGUAAAGAAUUUAUCAUAAUCACCCAAAUAGGCAAUAAACCUUACCAAUAGUUAAUGCAGCAUGCCAGCAAUAAGAGUUUCCGCGAUAGCCAGCAGCAUAGCUUAAGAAACGAAAAAUCAAAAGAAAA